AUGACGCCAUACAAGCUGGUCACAGGAGGGACAGAGGGAAAGCAAGCCCUACCUGGAUUGGGCAUGUGCGAAGCUCACGACGGAGAGGAUGUGCUAUCAUCCACAAAGCGUAUCUCCGUCAAGGUCUCGACUGUGACCAAGCAGCAUGCUUGGAAGACACCGGUCCCAGCAAGCGUUGCUUGGAUUGACAACAGAAAGGACCGAGCGGGUAGCACCGCCCCGAAAACAAAGGGCAGUGUGAACUACAUCAAGUCGUUGGUGGUUCUCAGCCAGAUCACCGCAGUGCGAGCGCAGGGACAAGGAAAUCAAUGGAUCAAUCCAAUUGUCCUGUACAUCCUCGCGCUCAUAGGCUUGUUAGCCAUCUAUGUGAAGCUGUAUCAGCUAGGAGUUCUGAUCACAGACGGGCUAUUUCCGCCUGAAGGCGAAAACCAACCUGUUUGGGAGGUUGAAGGAGCCGAAGUGCACCUUCAGCUGGAUAGUGCUACGGUGCGCCUCAACAUCACCGCCUACCGAGACGGUAGACAGCUGAAUAUCAGCCAGACGGUGAAUGCGCCAGCGGCAGCCCCGCGGCAAGGUUCCGCGGAAGCCCCGCAGCCUCAACCGGCGGAAACCCCGCGGCAGGAAGAACUAACUCCCAGUCGCAUCGAGCGCUGGUCAGAGGAACAGUGGGCGCAGAGAGGGGCAGAAAGCAACAUGACCCUCCAGGAGCUGAUCGAAUGGCGCAGGCGCGAAGAAAGGCUGAUUCAUGGGCAAGACCCAGACUCCAGCCAAGAUGAACCAGGUGAGUCAACUUCGCACAGUGCGGACAGCCCCGCCUCUGAGCGGGAUGUACCGCCUGAGCGGGAGGAACCGCCUGAGCGGGUAGCACCGCCCGAGCGGGCGGAGCCGCCGAUCUCCAGUUCCGGCCCGGAGCUCUUGACGGGAGACCCCGCCAUUGAGCGGGAAGCUCCGCUAGAUCCCUUUGAUGGGAUGAGUCCAAAUGAGCUCCAGCAGUGGCGCGAGGCCGAGAACAGAGUUCUGGGGAUCGAAGGCGGCAGCUCCAGUGGCGGCAGCCCUUUCUCUGGCCACAGCUAG